AUGACCGAGCUUGUCGGUUCUCAUACCGCAUCUAUUCAAAAGUUGGAGAUGCAAAUGAGAGAUCUCUCAAGAGAGCAAAAUCCGAAGCAAAAGGGCACACUCCCAAGUGACACAAUUGCAAACCCAAAAGAUACCGAACAAGAAGUUGAGGCACAAGUUGAGGUGCCAGUUGUUGUUGAAACUGAAAAAGUCCCAGAAGAGGCAAAAAUUCAAGAAGUGAACCAGGAAGAGGUUAAGGAAAAAAGUGAAAGAACACCAAAAACUCUAGCACCAAUUCCUAGACCUCCACCUCCCUUUCCUCAAAGACUUGCUUGGAAGGUUGAUGAUAGCAAAAUCGAGAAUUUCUAUGACAUACUCAAGAAAUUAUCGGUGAAUAUUCCCUUUGUGGAAGCAUUUCAAGAGAUGCCAGGUUUUUCUAAGUAUUUGAAAGACUUGAUCACCAAGAAGAAAAUAACCAAGAAAGAAGUGGUGAAUGUGACUCACCGGCAAGCGGUAUUAGGUAUGCCGAGGCCUACAAGUAUGGGGUUGCAAAUAGCCGAUCGUUCAAUAAAGAGACCGGUGGGGAUUGUUGAUGAUGUUCUUGUGAAAGUGGGAAAGUUCCUCCUCCCCGCCGACUUUGUGAUUCUUGACUGUGUUGUUGACAAAGAAAUCCCUAUCAUCUUGAGGAGACCAUUUCUUGCUACCGCAAGAGCACUUAUGGAUUAG